UACUCAUUAACUUAUUACGUAAAGCUUUAAGCGCGACAUCGCACGGCUUUUGCUUUGCUCCCAAAUCGUCAACAGACACAUAAACAAGGAUGUCUGGCAGAGGAAAAACCGGAGGGAAAGCCCGAGCAAAGGCCAAGUCCCGCUCCUCUCGGGCCGGACUCCAGUUUCCGGUGGGUCGAGUCCACAGGCUACUGCGUAAAGGUAACUACGCGGAGCGAGUCGGCGCCGGGGCUCCGGUGUAUCUGGCGGCCGUGCUGGAGUAUUUGACUGCUGAGAUUCUGGAGCUGGCAGGCAAUGCGGCCAGGGACAACAAGAAGACCAGGAUCAUUCCCCGCCACCUCCAGCUGGCAGUACGCAACGACGAGGAGCUCAACAAGCUGCUGGGCGGAGUGACCAUCGCCCAGGGAGGAGUACUGCCCAAUAUCCAGGCUGUUCUCCUUCCCAAGAAGACGGAGAAACCGACCAAGAGCAAGUAAAAGACUCCCUACAUGCCCGGAUUUAGCUGGGACAAAAGGUUCCUCAUGGGGCCAGCCAUUUUUCUUUAUUAGUGUUUGUUUUUGGAUAAACAAGCUUUUAAACUGUGUUUGGUGUUGCUGUUACAUACAUUUGCAUCUCAUCGGGACAAUUAAAAAGACUGCUCAGCCACUGCUGUUGCUUUUUUUGGUCCUGGAAAAUGGAGGCGUUCUCUCAAGGCUGGGGAUGAUGACGGCCGUGGAAAAAAAUUAUUGAAAAUGGACCAAGUGUGGAGGGAGGGGUGUUUUAGUUUCGCAAUGCUGCUACAAAACGUGCAAAAUUGUUUUGUUUAUCCCAUCAUGUUGUUUCAAUAAAGAAGUAUGUUGUCUUUA